AAGAAUUCAAAAUUUUCAUUUCCCGGCAAGCAAAACCACUCCUCUCUCGCCCUCUCGCUGUGUCUCCCUGCAAAUGAAACAGAAGACAUAAACGAUUAGUCUCAACGCUGUCUCCUCUCUAACCGAAACGGAGUAUUGAAGAAGGUAUGGAAUCUGUGGUGGCAACUGUUAGCGGUUACCAUGGCUCCGAGAGGUUUAACCUAAUUAAGCUCAUCUCUCAAUCUGGUGCGAGUUAUGUUGGUGCAAUGUCAAAUUCCACUACACAUUUGGUAUGUUGGAAAUUUGAAGGGAGGAAAUAUGAGCUAGCCAGCAAGUUUGAUACUCUUGUUGUCAAUCAUCGAUGGGUCGAAGAAUGUGUUAAGCAAGGAAAACGUGUUCCGGAGUAUCCUUACAUGUUGGAAAGUGGACAAGAAGUGGGGCCUUUAGUCUUGGACGUCCCAAACGUUGAUAAACUUGGGUCCUUGAAUAAGAAGAGAAAACCGUUGUCCGACAAAUCCAACAAUUGUGAGGACUCUGAAAGACGAAUAGUUGAUGUGGAUUGUGAAGAUUCUGGCCUUGCAGCAUGGAGUAAUUCCUUUUUGUUGAAUGAUGUAAAGAGUUUGGUUCCUGAUGUUGGGAAAAACAACAGUAAUUUAUAUAAAUCAAAGCUCAAAAAGGCAAAAAAACCUUCGAAGCAGGAAAACUGUUCAAGUAGCAGAUGCUUUUAUCAGGACCCUACUUUUUCUGGGCUAGUUGGAUUGGAGCAUGGAGGUUCAAGUUAUAAUUCUUCAAGACAUGAAGAGUCAGAUAUUGUGCUUAAUAUGCAUUUCGUGAGAGGAAGGAGGCAUACUUUUAGCAAUACUGGAAGCGCUUUGGCUGAGCCUUCUCGUAAAGGUCGAAGGCUUAUGAAGAAAAAUGUUGCCAGAGACAAUUUGGAAACUGUGCUUUCUGAUUCUGACCAAGAGUGGCAUCCAGUUAGACUUUAUACGAACAAUAACAGUAAAUCAACAGCUAAACGUACAGGUUGCAAAAGGAAACUUGAUAUAUUUGAAGCUGAAGUAACAUCUGAUAUUGCUGUGACUAAUAAUAGGGGUUCAGCAGUUGAGUCUUUGGAUGACAUUGAAGAGGGAACACAUUGGAAUCACUUACCUGUUUCUGAGUAUUCAAAUUCAUGUCCUGAGGGUGCACUGACUGCAUCAGAAAUAGCAGAUAGCUCUGGCUCUGCUGCUGAGAAUUUAAAUGCAAAGGUUAAAGAUAUAGAUCAGUUUGAAUCUGUAGCCAGAUUACCUGUUCCAGCAGAGUUAUCAUGUGUUAUAUGUUGGACAGAAUUUAGUUCAACCAGAGGUGUGUUGCCAUGUGGUCAUCGAUUUUGUUAUUCAUGCAUUCAAGAAUGGGCUAACCACAUGGCUUCCAGGAGAAGAAUUUCAACCUGUCCUCUGUGCAAGGCUGGUUUUUCAAUCAUAACAAAGGUGGAGGAUGCAGCCACCUCUGAUCAAAAAAUUUAUUCUCAAACUAUACCGCAUGCCUCAUCAACAGUAGAUGUUUUCUUUGGUAUGCUUCAAGAACAAAAUAAAUUUGGUUCCGUGCCCUCAUUUGGACCAGUGUGUUGUGAAUGCCGUAGCCGGGAACCUGAGGAUUUACUCAUUAGAUGUCAUCUGUGCGAGACUCGAUGUAUCCAUUCCUACUGCCUGGACCCUCCUUUGUCACCAUGGAUAUGCACUCACUGCAAGGAUCUUCAAAUGCUUUAUCAUCACAACCGUUAAUAUGCUUCUCUUCUGCAUUGUGUUUACACUCACCAGAACCUUAUUGGAGGGCACGUCUAUACUAAUACCACUUCUUGACAUGUAAUUGACAACCUCAGGGUCUGGUAUGUCGUUACCAUUCAUCAUCGUGCCACAAAAAUGUUUCCUUCUCUGUAACUAAUGUCAUGUUACCUUCCUGGAUGGUCCAACGAUGAUUUUGGUUCCCAGCCAAAACCUCAGUUCUGGAUCUCGAAGCAAGGGAGUGACAUCAAGAUGAAUUAUUGCCUCUUCUCUGUGGCGAUACUCUUCGAGUGGGAUUAUUCUGACAGAUCAUGUUCAUGGGAAACCCUAUCCUGUCCAAACUAAUUAGUCAUUGCAGAAAUCUUCACCUUCACCUUCACCUCUCUUAUUGUAUACAAUGGAAGCAUUUGAAAGGCAAGUAUAUCCCUGGUUCUGACAACCUUGCACUGGAUGGAUAGGCGGGAUAAUGGAAUUACAAGGUAAUAUUAUAUUUUCUUGUUCCAUGCCUAGUUUCUGAAACAUAAUAUAGACUUGUAUACACACAUAGAAACUAACUAUGAAGGAAACAUGGUGAAGUGCAUGUUCAAUUCACUUAUUUCCAAAUACAUUUACUGAGGCAUAGUGACAAUCUCAUGCUUUUUUGUAAGGUUAGUUUCAUCACUCAAAACUGAGUACACCUUAAGUCAA